UGGGGGGGGGGGGGGGGUAAUCCCAGCCCCGCCGCCGCCGCCCGGCUCAGUGCUGCGGCCGCCGCCCCCGCAGGCUUCCCUCGGGUCCGCAGCGCCCCGCCGCAGGCUUCUCUCGGGUCCGCACCCAGCUGUGGGAACGCACUGGGGAUCCAGCAUGUCUGCCGACGUCUGGGUGGGAACAUGGAGACCCCACCGGCCCAGAGGGCCCAUCGCUGCUCUCUACAGCAGUCCCGGGCCCAAGUAUGGGCUCCCCACAAACGUAGGUUACCCCCUUCACGACCCCUCCCGCUACCGAGACCCUGCAUACAGCUUCGGCAUCCGCCACCCCUAUCUGCAGGAUGAGUGCUCCCCGGGGCCCAAGUACAUGGUGCCUGCCAAGAUGACCAUGAAGGGCAAAGAUGGUAACCCUGCCUACUCCAUCUAUGGCCGUCCCAGGGAUCUGAUGCCCUUCCUGACCCCCGGGCCAGGUCGAUAUUCUCCAGAGAAGGCAGGGAAAUGGGCCUAUCGCUCCGCGCCCAUCUACUCGCUUGCUUCGCGCACGAAGGAGUUUGCGAAUGACCAGACUCCAGGGCCUGCCGCCUACGGGCUCCCCCCAAUGAUCGGGCCCAAGGUCGUCAGCAAGAGCUCUGCCCCCAACUAUUCCCUCCUGGGGCGCAGCUUGAUCGGCACCUUCUGUGAGGACCUGAGCAAGACGCCAGGGCCCUGUAACUACCGGGUGGUGGAACCCAGCGUGUACAAGACCCGGGCCCCUCAGUACAGCAUGCUCGCCCGCAACAUGCUUCCUGGGGACAACACGCAGAAACCAGGGCCCGGGGCACACAGCCCGGAGAAGUACGUCCAGCAGCGUGGCCAGACCUUUGGGAUCCGCCACUCCGACUACCUGGCGCCCCUCAUCGUGGACGUGGUGGAUUAAGCGAGCGCGGCCGGAGGAGCCGAGGGAGCGGCUGAUCGUGGGCGUUAGUGAGAGGGACGGGGCUGGACAAGAAUUAUGCAUUUGAAAAUCUUUACUGACUUAACACUGUGCAGUCGUCUUUGGCGAGUCAGGCCCCAGCUCCUCAGGCCCAGGGAGACCCGGGGAGCUUGGCCCUGGCUCCUUCAGCCGGACAGGGGAACUGGAGCAGGCCAUCGUGUGAGUGCUGAGCUCCAGGGGGCGUGUGGAAAGGGGGUGAGGCGAGGUCAGGCUGGCUGCAGUGCCCCCGACAGGCCAGGGUCAUUUGCACUAACCCCAGUAGCUCGAGGGCCCCCCUCACGUUCUGACUUUCACUCCUGGGGGAGAUCCAUUCACAGUGGCGGACACCGGGGGUGGCCCACACGCUUGAGCUCUCCUCCCUGUGGUGCCGAGGACGGAGCUAGUCCCAAGUGGGGAGAUUAGGGGACCUAGUGCAGCAACUGGCUCCACGCAACGCAGCUCAGCCCACCAAUGCCCCUCUCCCGUGGCUUCUCUCCUGGGCCUCUGGCGAACAAUUGCUGGAUCCUUGCCCGGCGCUUUUUGCCCACCAGUGAGGAAGUGGAAGGGUCUUAUUUGGACUGCUCUGUGCCCUAAUGUUUCCCAUCAGCCCCUGGGAUUGACCUUCUCUGAGCACAGGUCACUGCCACCAUCAGCUAUGAGCUAUUGUCCAGGGCUUUGUCCAGCCUACAAUGGGCUUCCCACCAUCCCCUGGCUGGCCAGUUCGCUCUCCUCACCCAUCUCUCUGCCAGGGCGUCUUCCCAGACCCUCAGGCUACAUUCCCUUUGCUCAGUUUGAGCCCACUCCUCCUUAUCACACCCCCUUUAUCAUGCUGAUUCCUCUCCCUGUUCUCCUGCUGCCUCUUGGCUGUUCCUAAGCCAGCCUCGGCAGGGUUAGUGCUUUCAGCCUCCCCCUCGCCCCACAACUCAGUGGCCCCUGGCCCCUCAGCAGUGUAGCUGCUCUUAUUUGAGUUCCCUCCAUUGUGUUGACAUCUUUCUGGCGCUCAGAUCCCUGGAGCUGAGCACAAACUGGGCUCUCCCCGGAGCUGUGCAGAGAGGGCCCCGGCCUGCACUGGGAUGAGAGGCUCAGAGCUGAGCGUUCCCCGAGCUGCUCCUGCCGAGCCCCGUUCACGAGCCCCUGUCCCGUUCUGCUUUCCAUUUGCUGACCCUUUUCUGUCUUCCUUGUGUCAGGGGAAGGGUCCCACUGCAAUAUGCUGCACGGUCUGUGCUCAUGCUGCGGGCACUCAGGAUAGAAAUUGGAUCCUCCUGCUCCAGAUACACAGGACCCACCCACUUGCGUGACAGGAGAAUCACCCCCUAGCUGCCCCUCUGACUGGGCUCACAAUACACCGUUGUGCAGUUCUGAUUCUGUCCAUUAGAGGGCAGGUCUCUCCCUAUCGUUUCCUGUGUCACACACACUCUAGCCGGUUCCUUGCAGACAGGAUAUAUUUAUACCCAGAUGUGGUUACAAUAACCACAUCCCCAUCUCUGUAGGGAAACUGAACACAAAAACAAGCUCCAGGCGAGGCACAAACCACCCUAGGGGGUUCUGGGGAGGGAGGACCUGCUUUGGCUCGCUGAGCAGGGGGGUUAUCUUGGCCUAGAUGUUAGAGAGCCGACAGCUCUGUCUGGAGUGUUAUUCAGUCUCGGGAAGUUAUAAAUAUUCCGUGAGAGCGAACUCCCACUCCUUCCCUGGGAGGCACGUCACCACUCCCAUAGCUUCAUAGACAGUAAGACCAGAAGGGACCAUUAUGAUGACCCAGCCUGAUCUCCUAUAUAACACAUGCAAUUGUUUCUGCAUCAUGCCCAGAACUCCCAAUUGAGCUAGUGCAUAUCCUUUAGAAAGGCAUCCAGGCUUGACCCACUGCGUCCCUAGGUCAGAUUUCCCAACGGUUAAUUACCCUCACUGUGAAAACAGGACAUCUUAUUUCUAGUCUGAAUUUGUCUGCCUACAGGUUCCUCCUUUGCCUGCCAGCUUAAAGAACUGUCAACAGUCAGAAAUCUCUUCCCCCGGUGGGUAAUUGCAGACCAUGGUCAAGUCCCCUCUUAACCUACCCUUGGAUAAACUAAAGUGGAUGAGUUUCCUUAGUCUCUCACUGUAAGCCAGGUUGUCCAGAGCUCAGAUCGUUUUCCUGGCUCUUUCCUGAACCUUCUCCAAUUUUUCAACAUCUUUUUUGAAGUGCGGACACCAAACCUGAGCACAACAUACACUAAUGUCGGGAAGCCAUGACUGUACCUGGCCAUGCGUCAGCUCCCUACCUCCUCUGCCGUGGGCAACACAAAUCCCACCUUCUCAGCCUAGGCAGGCUCCACUGUCCCUCUGCAUGUUAGCAAUAGGCCCACCUCAACCCCCGAGCCCUCCGAGGGGCUCCCUGGAGCAUCCAGCCCUGCUCCACUGGACACUCGCAUAUUUCACUGCUCCCGAAGGAACAGCCCAGCCCACCUUACCGGCUCCACCUGACAUCACGGCACCGCUUCACACACAGCCCUUAGGCAUGUUUAGAGUGAAAAGAAGCAGAGUUUAUUUAACAAAGAGAGUCAAAUGGUAGCAAAUAGGAAUACUGGAAACCAAUGGUUACAUAUCAAAUAAAAGCAGAACCCGCAUUGUAAAACCUGGACGUAUGUAACUAACGCUCAUCCAGAGCCCUUGCAGUGUUUUGCAGCCAGGCCUAGCUGUGCUCCGUUUUCAUGAGGGAAGCCAUGCUGUCAGCUUGUCUCCUUGGUGAAGGGGACGGGGCGGGGGAGGAACCUCUGCCCCCCCAGGGAUGCUCCAACACUCCAAGGUCUUUACUCACAAACAGGGUGCUGUCCUGCUGGUUGUUGUUUUUUCCUGUGUGCCUCUUUGCUGUUGAUUUCACAUGCUCUUGAUCAGCAUUCAGCGCCGUCUGUGGACAGGUCUCCUUUGUAAAGCGGACAAUACCCAAUACACACAGGACCAGCCGGAGAGCAAGAGAGACAGGUCUCUUCCCUCCUGCCUGAUAGGAGCAAGUUCAUCCCUUUGUGCAAUCUGCCUUAACUCCCAGACCUUAAGCACAUGAUUUCCAGUACAGGUACAUAAUUCCAGAAACAUUAUCUGUCCGUACGCUUUGCAACGAUUAUGAUGACCAGCUCUGGGCAGAGCCCUCAUGUCAUAAAUGUAAAGGGAAGGAUAACCACCUUUCUGUAUACAGAACUAUAAAAUCCCUCCUGGCCAGAGGCAAAACCCUUUCACCUGUAAAGGGUUAAGAAGCUAAGAUAACCUUGCUGGCACCUGACCAAAAAGACACAAAAACAGGAAUAUACAUUCCAUUCAGCACAGCUUAUUUACCAGCCAUUUAAACAAAAGGAAAUCUAAUGCAUUUCUAGCUAGAUUACUUACUAACAAGUUCUAAGACUCCAUUCCUGUUCUGUUCCUGGCGAAAGCAUCACACACAGAGACAGACCCUUUGUCCCUUCCCCUGUCCUCUCCACUGCAUCUGCCACCACAUUCCUUUUGCCUUUAAUAUGUGCUCCAGGGCAUCACUCUGGAGUUGCUACCUUUUCUCCUGUGUAACUGUACCAAAGGAGAGGGGUCUGGUAGGGUCUCCCUUGGAAGCUUGUUCCAAUACUCAACUAUCCUUAUAGCUAGCAAGUUUGUCCUAAUAUCUCACCUAAAUCUCCCUUGCUGCAGGUUAAGCUUGUAUUGUCCAGGAGAGGGCUGAGCAGUACAGGAAAUCCAUUUCUGGGGGGAAAUCCAGGACUGGGUCUGUGUGGGCAUCACCCUGCAGUAGAAACAAGGCUGGUAAGAGCUGAGCUGUGCCUGGCUGCAGAUCACAUACACCCCAAGCUGGAAGCGACUGAUGGGCUGGAGCCUGUUGGGGAGCAGUCCAGGACUGGAGGCUACAGAAGCAGAGCAGUGUGCCGGGCCCCCCAGGUUAGAGCCAGGGUGACACAGCUACUCCCUAGUUUGGACUGUGCCCUGGGUCUGUCACACUCUCAGGGCUUUGUCCUGUUUAGGUACCAUUACUAUAGGCUUCUCCCAGGGGUUUUUUGACUCAGUGAUUACCCCUGUUUCAAGCACGCUUCCCACCUCCUCCUGAACUUGUUUCUGCAUUUCCCCUUCAGCCGGGGAUGCUCUGCUAGGAGCAGGGCGGGGCCCUGAGGUUUGCAUGGAGUGUGCAAUCUUGGCAGUUAAACCUGGUGAGGAAAAUACCUCUUUGUGGUACUUUGAAAGGGCCAGCGUUUCCUGCUUUAGGGUGGGAUUUAAACCCGCCCUAAAUUCAGAGCUUUUCAGGGGAUUCUCUGCCAUGCUCUCCCUGACCAAAUCCAUUAAAGGGACACAGAAGGUUUCUUCAUCAGCACAACUGUCAUAAAUAUAAAGGGAAGGGUAAACACCUUUAAAAUCCCUCCUGCUCAGAGGAAAAAUCCUCUCACCUGUAAAGGGUUAAGAAGCUAAAGGUAACCUCGCUGGCACCUGACCAAAAUGACCAAUGAGGAGAGAAGAUACUUUCAAAAGCUGGAGGGGGGGAGAAACAAAGGCUCUCUCUGUCUGUGUGAAGCUUUUGCCGGGGACAGAACAGGAAUGGAGUCUUAGAACUUAGUAAGUAAUCUAGCUAGAUAUGUGUUAGAUUCUGAUUUCUUUAAAUGGCUGAGAAAAUAAGCUGUCCUGAAUGGAGUGGAUAUUCCUGUUUUUAUGUCUUUUUGUAACUUAAGGUUUUGCCUAGAGUGAUUCUCUAGGUUUUGAAUCUAAUUACCCUGUAAGGUAUUUACCAUCAUAGAAUCAUAGAAUAUCAGGGUUGGAAGGGACCUCAGGAGGUCUUCUAGUCCAGUCCCCUGCACUCAAGACAGGCCUCAGUAUUAUCUAAACCAUUCCUGACAGGUGUUUGUCUAACCUGCUCUUAAAAAUUUCCAGUGGCAGAUAUUCCACAAACUCCAUAGGCAAUGUACUCCAGUGCUUAACUACCCUGACAGUUAGGAAGUUUUUCCUAAUGUGCAACCCAAACUGCCCUUCCUGUAAAUUAAGCCCAUUGCUUUUUGGCCUAUCCUCAAAGAUUAAAGAUAAUUUUUCUCCCUCUUCCUUGUGUACGGGGAGAUUUUGGCAAACCAGUAAAUUGCCUGAAACCAUUAUUGCUUAUUGCUAAAAGCAGUCAUGUCAGCAGGCCAUAAAUUGGCCAUGCAGCAGCCCCGGCUUAACCAAGACAGGAGGGGGAGGGAGUUUUGGGUGCCACAGAAAGGGCAGUCUGACCCCGCGUCCUUUCUGAUCAGAAUUGUGUUGAAGCUGCUGAUACAUGCAUUGUAGGAGAGCAGGAUGUGCCCUCAGGAAUGUGUCUCUCAAGGCAUGCAAACUCUGGAAAAAAACCCACACCUGGUUAACCAAUAAUCAGAAGGAAACCUCUUGCUUGACCAUUGAAACUGCUUGCUUGACAAGUUUUAUUUAAGGGACAUGUCAUUGUAUUACUAAUGUAUAACUAAGGGGGAAACGUUUGAGGCAGUGGGGCUUCUCAGAAGGGGCAGUUCAGGGACUCUUCCUCUGGAUGCAUCUUGUGUUCCCCACUGGCAGACGGGCUGCCGCUGUGCCACUAGAGAGACACCC